UCGCGAGGCCAGGUGGAGCAGAGCCGGGAGGUCCGGUGCAGCGUGGAGGUCGUUGGAGACAGUGUCCUGCUGCCAGCUCCUUCGCCGGCCAGUCCGCGCCCCGCCCGUCUCAGCCAUGCUCUCCGCCCUCGCCCGGCCUGCCAGCGCCGCUCUCCGCCGCAGCUUCAGCACCUCUGCCCAGAACAAUGCUAAAGUAGCUGUGCUGGGGGCUUCCGGAGGAAUCGGGCAGCCGCUUUCACUUCUGCUGAAGAACAGCCCCUUGGUGAGCCGCCUGACCCUCUACGAUAUUGCUCAUACACCCGGAGUGGCCGCCGAUCUGAGCCACAUAGAGACCAGAGCGACGGUAAAAGGCUACCUCGGACCUGAGCAGCUGCCAGACUGCCUGAAGGGCUGCGAUGUGGUGGUGAUCCCAGCGGGAGUCCCAAGAAAACCAGGCAUGACCCGGGAUGACCUGUUCAACACCAAUGCCACAAUUGUGGCCACCCUGACUGCUGCCUGUGCCCAGCACUGCCCCGAGGCCAUGAUCUGCAUCAUUGCAAAUCCGGUUAACUCCACCAUCCCAAUCACAGCAGAAGUUUUCAAGAAACACGGAGUGUACAACCCCAAUAAAAUAUUUGGGGUGACAACCCUGGACAUCGUCCGAGCCAACACUUUUGUUGCAGAACUGAAGGGUUUGGACCCGGCUCGCGUCAACGUUCCUGUCAUUGGCGGCCAUGCUGGGAAGACCAUCAUCCCCCUGAUCUCUCAGUGCACCCCCAAGGUGGACUUCCCCCAGGACCAGCUGACCACCCUCAUCGGGCGGAUCCAGGAGGCCGGCACGGAGGUGGUCAAGGCUAAGGCCGGAGCAGGCUCUGCCACCCUAUCCAUGGCGUAUGCUGGAGCCCGGUUUGUCUUCUCCCUCGUGGAUGCGAUGAACGGAAAGGAAGGAGUUAUCGAAUGUUCCUUCAUUAAGUCCCAAGAAACGGACUGUCCGUAUUUCUCCACACCGCUGCUGCUGGGGAAAAAGGGCAUCGAGAAGAAUCUAGGCAUUGGCAAAAUCUCCCCUUUCGAAGAGAAGAUGAUCGCCGAGGCCAUUCCUGAGCUGAAAGCCUCCAUCAAGAAAGGAGAGGAGUUUGUGAAGAACAUGAAGUGAGAAGGUGGUUAACGAGCAGGCCGUUUCCGUAACUUACGAAGGCGUCAGGUCACCGUAAAGCCACUUCAGACACCGUUGUCUUUUCAAUUUGCUUUGAUGAUGAGUAUUGUAUUAACGAACUACCCCUUCCAAAUCUCGGGUCAGUCUGUCGGUGCAUCAAUAAAAGCAGGCUUUGAUUUUCUUUUUUCAAGGUCUCCAAUUAAAUACUGUGCUUUCAGAACCCCGUUGGAACUGACUGCAGAGUGUGUGUCAGGCAUCUCUUCCCCCCGAGUCAGAACUAGGGGUUAUUUAAAAAGUAGACUGAAACGUCAUGGUCUCAUCCGUAGCUUCAAGUCUGUAAUCUUCAUCAGUAAGUGCUUCUCCCAGCCCUGCUCUUUGCACCAUCGUGUCCCUCAGGUGUGUGAGCUGAAGGAAGGGCCAGCUUGGGUCUGAUUCCUCGGUGUCCUCGCGCCUGUGCGGGUGGCAGCUCAGUGGCCGACGCUGGGCCGCUGUCUUCUGUCCCGGGUUCUUUCUGUGUGGUUUUCCUGGCCAAGCAAACAGCACCACUGGCUGGAUUUCGUCCUCUUCUGAUCGAGCCCUGAUACUCAGUGGCAAUGACUAGUCAAAGCCAGAAUUGUGAGGAGGGCUGGGCAGGGGCAGGAACAACCAAACCAAAACACCAGCUGCAGCCACAGGGCUGAGGACACAGGGGAGGUGGCUUCGUGUCUUCAUCAGUGGCCAGAAGGGACUUCGUUGCAUUAGCUGGGCUUAGGAUACACGUGGGGAAUUAAAGGGAGACCUGAUUCCCUUCGGGUACAGUUUGCUCCCCAGAAGCCGUGGCCUCUGAAGUGGAAACUGAGAGCUCAAUACCUGAGAAAGAACUUUCUGACAACAGGUGAUGACCUUCCAGUGAAAGGGCAGGUGGUGAUCGAGCUACACCCAGUAGACAGAGACCCAUUUAUCUGCAGCUUUUUUUUUUUUUUUAACUAAAACUGAAGUGGAUUUUAUCAAGUAUGACAUCAUUGUUUUCUUAUAUAAG